AGAGUCUGUGCUGUGCUUUGUGAGUGUGUGCAUAGAUAUCUAUGAGAGUGUGUUUGGGGGAGUGACUGAAGAGAGUCUGGUCUGGUCUUUGCAUCCUGUUGUGUGCAACGGCGCGUGUGCUGUUGUGUGUGCGUGUUGUGUGUCUGCGAGGUGUGUUUGGAGUCAAAGCGAGUUCAAGUAUGAAGAGAGGCAAGAAUGCAGAGGAGGCUGAUGCGGACGGGGAGAAUGACACCGGCUCUGCUUCUGCAAAGAAAACAAAGAAGACCAAGGAACCAGAGGCUCCAAUACUGUACGAGGAUCCUCCUGACAAAAUGACCAGCAAAGAUGGACGUGAAGCCAACAUGAAGAUCACCUCCUGGAAUGUGGACGGCCUGAGGGCCUGGGUGAAAAAGAAGGGCCUGGAUUGGGUGCGUGAGGAGGCUCCAGAUGUUUUGUGCCUGCAGGAGACAAAGUGUGCAGAGAAAUCCCUUCCUGCUGAAAUCACCUCAAUGCCCGAGUACCCUCACAAGUACUGGGCCGGCUCAGAUGAGAAGGAGGGUUACAGUGGAGUGGCCAUGCUCUGCAAGACUGAACCAAUCAAAGUUACCUAUGGCAUUGGUAAAGAAGAGCAUGACAAGGAGGGCCGCGUCAUCACUGCAGAGUUCCCCACCUUCUACCUGGUGACCGUCUAUGUGCCAAACUCCGGCAGAGGUCUUGUGCGCCUCGAUUACCGCAAAACCUGGGACGAGGACUUCCGGGCGUACCUGAGCGAGCUGGACAUGCAGAAGCCCCUGGUGCUGUGUGGCGACCUUAAUGUCGCACACCAGGAGAUCGACCUAAAGAACCCCAAGGGGAACAAGAAAAACGCAGGCUUCACCCCCGAGGAGCGCGAAGGCUUCAGCCAGCUCCUGGAGUCCGGGUUUGUCGACAGCUUCCGGGAGAUCUACCCCGAGCAGACCAACGCCUACACCUUCUGGACCUACAUGAUGAACUCCCGCUCAAAGAACGUGGGCUGGAGGCUGGAUUACUUUGUGCUGUCGUCCAGUCUGCUGCCAGGCCUGUGCGACAGCAAGAUCCGCAACAAGGCCUUGGGAAGCGACCACUGCCCCAUCACCCUGCACGUGGCUGUAUAGGUCACGGUCUGUUGAGCAGGGAUACUGUUUCACCUAGCCAUCACUGUUUUCAUAGUACUUCCAUUCCGACUUGACUGAAACUGUCGUGUAUGCCACUGUGUGUUAGAGUGAGGCAUCGCCUAUUUUUGCAGGAAAUUCUAAACCUUUGUUUAAAUUUCUCAUGGGUGAGGCACUGCCCAACCUCACUCUUUCAGUAGGCCCAGCAGUAGCUUAGUAGUCUAGUACUUUUAACUCCUUCAGUUUGUACACAGCACAAUUCAUAAUGUCCAUUUAUCCCCUUCAUGCAAUUGAUCAGUCAGCCCAGUAAUGUUCACCCCUCUUUAGCUAUUGUCUAGAGAUGCAACACUAAACAUGAAGACCUGUGACUGGCUGUGGCACUGUGUGGUUCCUGUCUGCACAACUACUGACCUGGGACAAGCCUUGGUGCCCCAAAGCCUGCCAUUUGUAUUCUGUGUUACUGUUUGAAAUUAAGCUACUGCUGUUAAGAAAAUGUAACUUGUUCUAUCACAAAAAUGUUUUAAGAUGCUUUUCCAAAGCAUUGAAUUUCCUGUUGUAAAACAUGCCCACAAUAAAGACUGGAUUUGUA